GGAAUGCGAUAUUUUAAGGUUUCAAAGCCAAAACUUAUCUAGACCUACCUCAUUUCCGUUGAGGUCACUGCAGUUUCGUCUGUGGAAGGAUUGUGAAUCAUUCGAAGGGCAUAAGGAGGAGAUUUUUUGGGCGAAAAACGUAAAUCAGAGAGCAGAAAAGUUUGGUUUUACAGCUACGUACAACUGUCAUGGCAGCUGAGCCUCUUGUUAAACAAGACGAACUGGCCGAUGUCCUUCGCGAAUGGGAUGAUGAAGAAGACGAAGUUGUUGAGUUUAUACAGCACUCUAGGCCGGAUUCAAGAGGUACACGUCAGAGAAAUGAGAACGGCUCUCCGCUGCAAGAUGUCGAUAUUUCUGACGGUAAUGGGACAAAGCCUCCUCGAGAAAGAUCUACCCUCACAGGAAAGCCUUUUUAUGCACCAUACGUACGAUUCUUUAAGGCAGCCUGUUUAUUUCUUUCAUUUUUGGGCCUGGGUAUAUCUAAUGCGAUAUAUGGAACAGCAAUCCUGGACCUGGCAUUCCACACCAGCACCAAGCUUCCGUAUAUGUCCUUYGUAUUUACGGCACGAUCUAUUGGGUAUUUAGUAGGRAGUAUCGCMGGUGGCUGGACCUAUGAUAAAUACGAUAGUUAUUUAGUCCUUGGAUGUUCCUGUCUUGGCUGUGCAUUGGCUAUGAUUGUGUUUCCUUUGGUUGGAAGCAUUUACGCAUUGAUUAUGAUUGCUUCUGCAAUGACUAUUUGUGCAGGUUCUCUAGAUACAGCUGGCAAYGCCAUUUCCUUUGUCUUAUGGCCCAAGAAAUCCCAGCCCUACUUGCAGUUCCUUCACUUCACCUUUGCYUUGGGCUCAUUUCUUGCUCCUCUGCUAUCWCARCCAUUCCUCCUGCCUGACGCUCUGACCAACCCCCCACCAAACCAUACAGACAACAGAAACGYGACAGGARGUUAUGAACCUGGUGAUAUACUACCAAUAACAUGGGCCUACUGGAUCGGCAGYRUYCCUCUCAUCKCUUCUGGGCUGUUUUUCCUAGCMUGUGCUUUCUUGAAAGGUCUUAAGGAAACAGUUGUCAAAAAGGAAGAACACCACUCCACAGUGAAUCAUCCAAACAGUCUAUUAUUYAAGGCAAUYGUUCUGUUCCUCUUUUUCAUUCUGCUUCUUCAAUAUGUCGGCAUGGAGAUUGUAUAUGGUGGAUACGUWUUUAUGUACGCUGUGAAGACCAAACCUCACAUGAGCAAACACAUGGCUUCCCUUCUAACUGCCACAUACUGGGGAACAUUUGCACUGGGAAGACUUAUAUCCGUGCAGUUAGCCAAAUACAUCAAACCACCAAAGAUGAUUUUAGCAGAUUUCAUAGGUUGCUUGUUGGCAGGAGUGAUYUUGAUUUCUCAAACCCAGUACGGAUGURAUGCAAACUCUGGCCCAAAACUUUGGGCUGGAACAAUCAUCCUAGGAAUCUCAGCUGCAUCAGUAUUUCCAUCAGCCUUGAGUUGGGCAGAGUACUUUGUUGAAGUGUCAGGUCGAGUGGCAUCGUUACUUCUCGUUGGAGCAUGUUUAGGUGAGAUGACCAUUCCUAUUGCCGUAGGGAACACUUUYGAUACCAUUGGACCUUGUUCUUUAAUGUACUGUAUAUUUGCUUUGAGUUUUCUUGGCAUAUUGAACUUUGCUGCAAUCCUGUUGUUUGGUCGGCAUUACAGAUCRCUUAGUGUUUUCUCAGGGGUGGAGUUUCAUAAGAAUAAUGUUGUUGAGGAGCCGCCGAAGCCAAAACAACACGAUGAGGAUGAGGUUUUAAGACUUCUUGAACAAAACAAUGAGAUAUUCAAUGGUAAUUAACUCCUAAACAUUCAUCAUACAAAGACAAAUCUUUUGUUUAAUAGAUGUYCUGGUUGAGUAAUAGUGACUAUUAGUCACUAAAUAGAUACUAUUUAUCAGUAUUUAGUUUGUUUUUAUUUCAGGGUUUAAUUGCAUCCGCUCUAAAGAAUUAAGUAAUAGAUUUUUUUGAAGGAAAAAGAUUUUCAGCAUAUGCUGUUCUCAUAAUGGCUGAGAACCAGGUCACCCAGUCAUUAGUUCACAAUAAAAGACAUAAAGAACAUGAAAUGCGUUUAUAGAAUAAAAGURUAGAAAUUGGC